UGAUAUCAUCAGAAUUAAGAAAUUAGAAGACAGCACCAAAUUGAAAACCCCAAAUUCAACAAAUGAACCCUAAUCAACUCUAACCACUUUUCAAUUCAAUUCAUCCAUUUCUAAAUAAUCACAACUUAUACACAAAGCACAAUCCUUCUUAUUCUUCUUCUUCUUCACCAAUGGAUCUACUGAAGCUCAACACCCACUACAAUCACACUCACUUCACCCAAUCCCAAUCUCAAUCACUCAUCAAUCACAAUUAUUGUUACUCAAUACGACACCGGGUUGCGAUAAAACUCAAUGUGGCAGCUCAUUCUACUGAGGACCCGAAAUCGGUGGCGACAAUUGUUGGAGAACCCAAGCCAGUGUACUCUUCUGUGAAGACAUUUGCGCCUGCCACUGUGGCUAAUCUCGGGGUUGGGUUUGAUUUUCUCGGGUGCGCUGUUGAUGGGCUGGGUGAUUUUGUGACACUUAGUUUGGAUUCUAGUGUUCGUCCGGGGUUUGUUUCGAUUUCUGAUAUUACUGGCUCUACGCGUAAACUUACUUUGAAUCCGUUAAAUAAUUGUGCUGGUAUUGCUGCUAUUUCUGUUAUGAAAAUGCUUAAUGUUAGGUCUGUGGGGGUUUCGCUUGUGUUGCAUAAGGGUUUGCCGUUGGGGAGUGGGUUGGGGUCGAGUGCGGCGAGUGCUGCCGCAGCUGCUGUGGCGGUUAAUGAGAUCUUUGGAGGGAGGUUGUCGGUUUCGGAGUUGGUUUUGGCGGGGUUAGAGAGUGAGAAGAAGGUGUCGGGGUAUCAUGCGGAUAAUGUGGCUCCGGCUAUAAUGGGGGGGUUUGUGCUGAUUAGGGGGUAUGAGCCGCUGGAUUUGAUUCAUUUGAAGUUUCCGGUGGAGAAGGAGUUGUUUUUUGUGCUUGUGACUCCGGAGUUUGAGGCGCCUACGAAGAAGAUGAGGGCGGCGUUGGCCAAGGAGGUGAGUAUGGCGGAUCAUGUGUGGAAUUCUAGUCAGGCGGGGGCACUUGUGGCCGCUGUGUUGCAAGGGGAUUUGAGGGGGAUGGGGAGUGCAUUGUCGUCGGAUAAGAUUGUGGAGCCGAAACGAGCGCCUUUGAUUCCGGGAAUGGAGGAUGUUAAGAAGGCAGCGUUAAAGGCUGGGGCGUUUGGUUGUACAAUUAGUGGUGCUGGGCCUACUGUUGUUGCUGUUACGGAUGAUGAGGAAAAGGGGAGGUUGAUUGGAGAUUGUAUGGUCCGGUCUUUUAUGGAGUUUGGGAAUUUGAAAGCUGCUGCUGUAGUGAAGCAACUUGAUCGUGUGGGUGCUAGGCUUAUCAGUACCACUCCUUUGUGAUUUAUCUGCACAUUUUAGGUAAUAAAACUGCAAGGAUUUCUAAUGACAUGAUUGAACUAGUGAUCUUUUUGUAUGUAGAAAGCGGGCACUUUAUCGGUAUGAAUUUUGUUUAGUGUGCUGCAGCUUGUUAGUGUUGUUGUUUUUGUGUUGAUUACAAUUACUGCAGAAGAUUUUACUCUCAAUAUUUUCAGUGCACGGGAUAUCUUUUUGCUUUC